AUGCUGGAGGAGCCCCUGCUACGGCCACCGCCCUCGGGCCUCGCCAGUCUCCUGUUCUUGGCCUUGUGCAGUCGGGCUUUAAGCAAUGAAAUUUUGGGCCUGAAGCUGCCCGGUGAGCCACCACUGACAGCCAACACAGUGUGCUUGACACUGUCAGGCCUGAGUAAGCGUCAGCUAGGCCUGUGCCUGCGCAGCCCCGACGUGACAGCGUCCGCGCUUCAGGGUCUGCACAUUGCUGUCCACGAGUGUCAGCACCAGCUGCGCGACCAGCGCUGGAACUGCUCAGCGCUCGAGGGCGGUGGCCGCCUGCCGCACCACAGCGCCAUCCUCAAACGCGGUUUCCGGGAAAGUGCUUUCUCCUUCUCCAUGCUGGCAGCUGGGGUCAUGCACGCAGUCGCCACAGCCUGCAGCCUGGGGAAGCUGGUGAGCUGUGGCUGUGGCUGGAAGGGCAGUGGUGAGCAGGAUCGGCUGAGGGCCAAGCUACUGCAGCUACAAGCACUAUCUAGGGGCAAGAGUUUCCCCCACUCCCUGCCUAGCCCUGUGCCUGGUUCAGGCCCCAACCCUGGCCCUCAAGACACAUGGGAAUGGGGUGGCUGUAACCAUGACAUGGACUUUGGAGAGAAGUUCUCUCGGGAUUUCUUGGAUUCCAGGGAAGCUCCUCGAGACAUCCAGGCACGAAUGAGGAUCCACAACAACAGGGUGGGACGCCAGGUGGUAACUGAAAACCUGAAGCGAAAAUGCAAGUGUCAUGGCACAUCAGGCAGCUGCCAGUUCAAGACAUGCUGGAGAGCAGCCCCAGAGUUCCGGGCCGUGGGAGCAGCUUUGAAAGAGCGGCUGGGCAGAGCCAUCUUCAUCGAUACUCACAACCGGAAUUCUGGAGCCUUCCAACCUCGUCUGCGCCCCCGGCGCCUCUCAGGAGAGUUGGUCUACUUUGAGAAGUCUCCUGACUUCUGUGAGCGAGACCCCACCGUGGGCUCCCCUGGCACAAGAGGCCGGGCCUGCAAUAAGACCAGUCGCCUGUUGGAUGGCUGUGGCAGCCUGUGCUGUGGGCGAGGGCACAAUGUGCUUCGGCAGACACGUGUGGAACGCUGCCACUGUCGCUUCCACUGGUGCUGUUAUGUGCUGUGUGAUGAAUGCAAAGUCACAGAAUGGGUCAACGUGUGUAAGUGAGGGUCACCCUCUUCUUGGGGCUAGAGAAGGGGGCUGUAUGAGAAGGGCAUCUUUUCAGCCCUUUGCUUUUGGUCGAGGGCCAAUCUCGAUUCCUGGAAUCUCAAAAGUAUCUAUCCAGAAACAGCUUGGAUGUGUAUGGGGGAACAGGUGA